AUGGAACUACUUAGUGAGGCUGCUUGCGCAGCUGCAGGAUGCAAUAUACAGUAUUUAGAAAACCUUCUAAGUAAUAAUGAUAUAAUUAAAAAAUAUUGGAGCAUUAUAUUAAAUUCUAUACCUGAAUCUUUUCAUGUUAAAUAUUAUGAUUUUCUUUUACCAAUUCCAAUAGUUGAUAAUAAGCUUAUUGAAACUAUACCUGGAUGUUCUAAAAGUGAAAUUCUAUCUUGUAACAAUAGGGAUGAAGGUGAUAACGUAUCAUAUAAGCCACUUGAAGUUGAAAUCGAACUUAUUUGUGAAUGGUCAAUUAAUCGUUGUUUAGAUAUUGUAGAAAGAACCUUAGAUAUCAAAGGGUUAGCAAUUCCAUUUAUUAUAAAAGUAAUUAAUAGAGUGAUUAUUACCUAUGAUGAGAUGGCAACGAUAAAUGGUGAUUUACUCAUUUCAAAUAAUUUGAAUAUUCUAAACAAUGAAUUUAUACUUUAUCUGUACUCAUUUUACUGUAUUCUUGAACAAUUUUGUAUUUUCCUGGAUAAUGUAAAAGUUUAUAGCUCAGAGUCUAUACUUUCAAUUUGGACCAAGUUUAUAAUGUAUGACCCUGUAUCAAGAAUAAAUUUUGUAAUUGACCAGAUAGAUGAAUCUACUUAUAACUCUAAGUUAUCUGAAUUAAUAUCUCUUUAUCAUGGAACAUAUAGCCACAUUCAAUCAAUUCAAUUGGCAAAUAUAAAGAAUACGAGAAAGAAUAGAAAUGGAUUAGGUUUAAAAUUGGCUAAAAGUAGCAAUAUUUCAUAUUGUGAACCUUUCAUUAUUAAGACUGGUUUACAUGGACGCUAUGAAUUUAUAGAAACAAGUAUAAUGGCUGAUAAAUACAUAAAUUUUGACGUCGAAAUUAAUUAUAAUUCACUAAAAGAAAGUAUAGUGGGAAAUAUAAUAAUGCCAUUUGAGCGUGUUUUGAUUGACUAUAUAUGUAAAUAUUUACCUCUUAAAAAGAAAACAAGUUCUUGUAUCUUUUUAGUAUCUUAUUUAGUAUGUCAGAGUAAGACUACAAUAAGUAUUAAGGAUCGUAUAAUUCUUUGCCCUAUUCAAGUCUUGCAACUUAUUUUAUGGUCAAUACACAGCAUAUCAUCUCCUUUAUAUGAUUUAGAUGCACUAUCAUUGCAAGAAUUCGUGGAUGAGCUUUAUGAAUGUAUCCCUACUAGGGAUAUUAUGCUUAACUACUUUAGUGAACCACUGAUAGUACAAAAAGAUAAGUCAGAUAUUAUAAAAAACUCGGAUAAUAAUGAAUUAGAUUACUUAAUGAUUUAUUGCCCAUGUUGCAAACGUCCUGCUAUAAAAACUAAAGACAAAAUUUACACAACAAUAUACAAAGAAUGGCUUCUAGAAGUAUAUAAUUCAGUUGAUAUGAUUGAGAAAGAGUUACUUAUUGUAGAUUUAAUGAGGGAAUUACCACCACUACCGAAAUUCACUUUUUCUGAUAUCCUAAAAUCAAUAGUAAACUCUAAUAUACUAGAAUGCUUUAUACUCCGUCUUCUAUAUUCUAUCAACAAGCAAAAAGAGAGGUUAGAGCCUGGUAUAAUUCGCAAAAUCCUUCUUAUAUAUAAAAAUACAAAUAUAUUAGCAAAGUUACCAAAUAAACCUCUAGGCAGUGAGAUAAACAUACUAAUUUUAUUUGUAGAGAUAUAUAUAACAAGUAAUAAAUUGGAGCGUUGCUCUGAUAAUAUUUUAGAAGAGGUCGUUCUUUGCUUAUUUCAAGGAAUAGAUAGCUCAAGUUCUUUGAGUAUUACAGAUUUUACCAAUUCUUUAUCUUGCUUCAUAAAGUCCAUUUUUACUUCAAAUAGCAAGCUGCAUAAUUCUACUAUUUUAAAUGUACAAGAUUUCAUUGAAAAACUUCUGGAAUACAAAUAUCCAAACAGUAUAAACUACAGAAAAAAAAGUUUAAUGGUUACUAAAAAUUUUUUGAAAAAAGUUAAAUACUCAAUAAAAUUAUUCACUCAUAUAGAGAUUUUAUUGAGUUAUGAAGCAACUUUGAUUAAGACUGAAUUUGUAGAUGAACGUCUAAGCAAAAUACCUGGUAUAAAUGAAGUUCUAGAAGUCUCUUUUAAUGAUAUAGAUAUAUAUAAAUUUAACUAUAAUAAUCCUUUGGAUAUUAUAAGUGAAAAUGAACCUAUGAAGGUGAUUUCUGACUUGUUUCUUGCAAAUCCAAAUUUAUGUUUACUAUCUUUGAAUAAUUCUUUGAUUUCCAAUAUUUUAGAAAUAAUUAAAAGCUUGGAUAUUACUAACACAAAUAACUUGUGCUGCAGAUUUCUUAUAAAUAGGUUUAGAAUAACUACUCUAAUACACUAUGGAUUAAUUAAUCAUGCUAUGGUCAUUAUAAUCUCCAUUUUAAUGGAAUACAGUCUUAAAAAUAAGCUGCACGAAAAUUUGGACUCUUACUUAUUUGAAAUAGCUUUGAAUGUAAUUAUGGACCACUCAGAAAAAUGUACUGAUCAUGAAUAUAGCUCAUUGACUCAGUGUAAACUUGCGGAUUUACUGAGAACAUAUUUCCUUGCACUCUCACCUCCAAAAAUACUCUUACCUUUACUACACAAAGAAGCAAGGCUAUUUCUUGACCAAGAAGAAAUUAAUCUAUCACUUAAAGAAAUACCUACAACACCAGUUGAAUGGAUAAAUCCAGAAAUAGAAAUGAGAAAUAGUAAUUUAUACUGCACUGAGCUUCAGUAUAUAAGUUCUGCUAUCAAGGCAUUGCAAGAAAAUGAGAACAUAAACACUUUAAAAGAUGAUUUUGGUGAAAACUACUUGUUGUCUAACAACUGCAUACGAUUUUUGAAAGAAAAAUUUGCACUGUAUGACUCAAACACUAGUUAUUUAGAGAAAAUAUCGCAAAUAGUUGAACUAUAUGAUAAAGAUAGUAUUCUAGGAAUUUCAGUUGAUUUGUUAGUAUUUAAUGGAACUAUCUCAAUAUUAAUGUUAAGAGAUUUAAAGAUAAAUUCUUACAGGAAGUUAGAAAUAGUGAGAGGUAUUCAGGAUUUUAUGACACUUAUCUGUAAACCAAAUGAUGCAACUUUAAUAACAGUAAAUAAAUUGGUACUUUUUUUUCAAAUUUACAAUAAUUUAUAUAAUAUAAUAUCUAAUAAAGAAAAGGCCAAAUAUAAUAAACAUCUAGAAAUUUUAUUAAAGUUAGAAGAACAGCACCCGAUAUAUACAAUAAGUGAAAGUUCUGCUGAAUGGCAGGAACGAUGGAUUUAUUGGAUUAAAGCUGUUGAGCCGAAGAGCCUUUUUACACUUGGACAAGCUCUAGACAGUUUUAAGGAAAGUCAAAAUGAAGAUCAAAAUAGUCCUGCUGUUGUGAUGUUGCACAUUUACAUGCUGUUAGAAUCUAUAUCAACAUAUAAGAGUGCAAACUUGGCGAAAAUUCAAGAUGUUCAGUUAAGCUUGAAUAUAUUGCACUUGAAGAUUUUUGAGGAAUUUCCUUUUGAGUGUUUGAACUUACUCUGUGAAAGGUACUACAAUUUGAAUAAGGGAAAUUCUUUCGAAUUUUUAUAUCUCAGAAUGUUAAUACUAAUAAUAUCUAAUUUAACAGAUUUAAAAAUUAAAUUGAAUAGCUUCAAUAAUAAAUUGAAAUAUUCUUUACCCUAUCGUUAUGAUAGUAUUGAAGUAUUUAGACUUCUCUUAUAUCUUUACAGAAUGUGGCCAAAGUUUGAUCUGACCACCAUUGACCACCGAAAUCUUAAGGAUACUGAUACAAAUACUAACGAAUAUGGAAGACUAAAGAUACCAACUACCGAUAUAGACUAUUUUUUAGAAGAAAUUCUAAUUUGGUGCAAUUGGGAUAAUUUUUGGACCUUUAAGAAACUAAUAUAUAGCAUUGAUACUUCAGAAAGAUUGAGAUUGAGAAUUACUUUAUGUGAUAUUAGUUAUAACAUACUGAUUAAAGCCUUUGAAGUUGAAAAUAGAUUUCCAACUACAUGCUUUUCAAAUUUACGCUUUGGACCAGGAAUAUCUGCUUCUACUAUAUUACUUGACCUACUGAAGGAACUUACAUUUGAUUAUAUCAAGACCCUCAAGUUUUUGUGUGCACUUUCUCAUUUGAAAAAUCAUCAAAUUGAUGUUGUAUUACUAAUUUUGGAUAUGGAAGAUGAGCUAUAUUCUAACUCACUUGUUAAUUCAAAUAAUCUAUCUAGAUUACUUAUAGAGCUUAGAGCCUUUUUGGCUUUAUCUGAAAUAUAUAAAUUAGACCAGAAAGACAAUACAGUUGGAUAUAUAUCUCUAAAUGGUAACUCUUUUGAAAUAUUAAAAAGCUAUUGCUUUGAACAAUUUUUGGAAGAAUCAGUAUCUAGUUCGCUUAUUGAGAAUAUUGUUUUAAAUUUAGGCUUUAAAUAUUCACAAUUAAUAGUUGAAGGUUUUAAGUGUGUUACUGCUUCACUUUCCAAUAAAGAUUCUAUGUAUAUAUGGAAGUAUUUGAGUAUGACAUGUAAAAUUUUUAUUGAAAAAGGGGAGAGAUAUCAAGAGAAUAUAGUCUUAGACUUUAUUAAAGCUUGUAUAGACAUUAUUCAGAUCUUUUCUAAUUUUAAACUGAAAUCCUCACUACCAUACAUCCUAAUUGAUGUCCUUAAAACCAAUAAUCUGAUCAAUUCUGAGAUUUUACCUCAUUGUAUUUUCUGGUGUUGUUCACAAAUGUGUCAUUUCAGUAUGGUAGUAUCGGAAUCUUUACUACAGUUAGAAUUAGAGAGUAUUAAGGAUGAUAUUAUUGAGAAUAUGAUUAGAGAUUGGACGGAAUCUUAUGAAGAGAAUAGGAAUAUAAGUUUUACUAAACUUACUUUUGGAAAUAUUCUCAAAUUAUUCAGUGGACUGGAACUUUUGAAGAUACUAUUUUCUGUAGAUAAUGAAGAUGAAGAUGAUAAAUUCAGAGCUUUUACACCUUUAUUAUGGGUUCAUCACUAUGAUGAAUGGAAUGUGUCGAAUAUCAGUGGUUUGUGUCAGGGAUAUACUAAUGAAGAGAAUAAGUCUAUAAUUCAUGUCAUAUUUUCAGGAUUUGUUUUUAAAAUACUAAAGAUAUGUAUUGAUAAUGACUUACUUUACUUUUCAGAAUUUAUACUCCUGUGGACGUCCUUUGGAAGAUCUUUGUUAUUGGAUCAAGAUGAAAUAUUAUUCUUGAAUUAUUUAAAUACACUCAAGUCUCAUUUUGAAUUGGGAUUAUUAUCCUCAAAUAGAGCAUAUUUGCAGUCAACACUUACUUAUAUUCGCACGGAAGAGGUUUUAAAAUAUAAAAAUAACGCAGUUUGGAACCCUCAAGUUAACGAUAUUAUUAAAGGCAUAUUGAUCAUUCUUAAUGGGAGUACUUACUUAUUUUCUGGAACUGCAUUUCUCGAUUAUAUUUUAAUUCCUAUACUAACAUUUGAAAGUCCUGAUAAUGAAAACUUACUAGAGAUUGGACAAAGUCUGUUAAAUAAUUUUAGUAUAGAUUAUGAAUCAGUAAGAUAUGUUGACCUAAUAGCUGUUGGUUUAAUGCUAAAAGUUAUAAUGAAUUACAGAAGAAGUCUCAUUCAGUUUAUUUCUUCACAAUUUGUUGCUAUGAAGUGUGUAAAUUGUGCAAUUAAACUGAUUUCAUCAGAUAUUGGUAUUACAAAUGCUUGUCAAAAUGCUUUAUCUUGUGUAUAUAUCAUACUAAGUAAUUAUUUAAAUCUCAAACCAGAUAAUUUUAAUUUAACAGAGUUUAAUCUAAUGCAUUUUGACAAGAACUACUUAGAAUUUCUAAGUAAUUCAAGUGAUAAUUAUUCUAAUUAUAAAUGGUUUAGACUUUAUCUUAUGGAUACCCAAUAUUUGGAUUCAGAUUCGACACAAAUUAUUAAUAAAGUAUCUGAAUACAUUCUUCUUCUACUCAAUACUUAUUAUUGUGGGUUCUUAAAUGGGCAAUAUAUCUCUUAUUUUGAAUAUUUAUUCUCACCAAAACUUAUCAAGAAAGUUCUGGUAUCUCAUGAAAAAUUAUCAGGGAUGUAUAGUCACAUUAAUAAACAAGCUCAAGAUAUAUUAAAUAAAAAAGAUAAAUAUUUACAAAAAAAUAUCAAUAUAGUUUAA